UAAUGUAUUCGAGUAUUUCUCCUGACGGGCCCCUUCAUCUAUGGCAAUUCAUAGCAAUGGUGACGGUGGUGAUGAUGGUUCUCUCUCAGUUACCGAUGUAUCAUUCUCUUAGACAAGUUAACUUAGCUUCACUGUUCUUGAGCUUAGCCUACACAUUCAUCGUGGUCGGCGUUUGUAUCCAUGCAGGGCUAUCGAAGGACGCACCUGCAAGAGGUUAUUCAUUAGAAUCAUCAACGUUUUCAAUGGUUAUGAGCGCCUUCACUUCUAUCUCUAUAAUCGCUGCCAUAUUUGGAAACGGGAUUGUCCUCGAGAUACAAGCCACAUUGGCUCCACCAGUAAUGGGGAAGAUGUUUAAAGGGCUUAUGAUGUGUUACUCGGUGAUUUUUGUUACGUUCUACUCCACUGCAGUCUCGAGUUACUAUGUGUUUGGCAAUAAAGCUAGCUCAAACAUUCUUAAAAGUCUCAUGCCAGAUGAGGGACCCGUGUUAGCCCGACUUGGCUUCUGA